AUGAGUUCAGCCUUGAAAUUUUUGAAUGGUACUGGUGCAUCCACCCAUGGAAACCUCAGACUCACCUUGGUCUUUAUCACUCAAUCUGGGGAAUGGAAGCUAUCUGGUUUUGAGGUCUUGAGUAGUCCGAAAGACCCUCAACCAAUCCUCUACACUCUUGGAGGAUUGUUUCCAGAAUCCGCCAGGUAUGCCAGUCCUGAGCUAAUGAAAACAGGUUACGAAGUGUUGAAAGAGCUAGAUCCGUCAUGUUUGGACUCAUACCAGUUAUAUCUAUUAAUCCAGACGCUAUUCAACAAUCUCCCGCCAAGUGUCGAUGUAAGUUCCCAACAACACGGGAGCAUCCCACCGGCGCUCUUCUCGGCAGCUUGUCGCUUGGCAUUGGCAAAUCCCAAGAGCAGGUUGAAGGCCGAAGCGUUUUGGGAAAUGGGAUUUGGGAGCGGCGAGGGCGAGGGCGGGGGCGGGGUUGCUGGUGCGUUCUUCAGGGAGAAUCGGCUGAUCAAGGUGUGCAAUGGUCUUGAAGGCUUCUCGCUGGCCAGUCAGGGUGAACGAGCUUUGCUGGUCAAAUCUAUCAAAGACUGCGCCGAAUCUCUACCAGGAUCAAGUGGGAUCCGUAAUCUGUCGCUGCAUACUGUGAGCUGUCGCUUCUGGUGA